GGAGGGCUUCCGAGAGUGCGCAGUGGAGGUCGUGGGCCGCGACCCUGGGGCGUAGGCGGGGAGAUGGGGGCCGCGGUGGUGGAGGCGGACCGCACUCUCUUUGUGGGCAACCUGGACACCAAAGUGACCGAGGAGCUGCUGUUCGAGCUGUUCCAUCAGGCUGGACCAGUAAUAAGUGUGAAAAUUCCAAAAGAUAAAGAUGGUAAACCAAAGCAGUUUGCAUUUGUGAAUUUCAAACAUGAAGUAUCUGUUCCUUAUGCCAUGAAUCUACUAAAUGGAAUCAAGCUUUUUGGGAGGCCCAUCAAAAUUCAGUUUAGAUCAGGAAGUAGUCAUACAUCUCAGGAUGUUGGUUUAUCAUAUCCCCAGCAUCAUGUUGGAAAUUCAAGCCCUACCACCACAUCUCCUAGCAGAUAUGAAAGGACUGUGGAUAAUAUGACUCCAUCAUCACAGAUAAUUCAGAGGUCAUUCUCUUCUCCGGAAAAUUAUCAGAGACAAGCAGUGAUGAACAGUGUUUUGAGACAGAUGUCAUAUGGUGGGAAAUUUGGCUCUCCACAUGUGGAUCAGUCAGGAUUUUCACCAUCAACUCAGUCACAUAAUCAUACUUUCAACCAGUCUUCAAGCUCCCAGUGGCGCCAGGAUACACCGUCAUCACUGCGUAAACCCAGACAGAAUUCUCACCCCUACCUAGCAGAUAGACACCAUAGCCGUGAGCAGCGUUACACUGAUCAUGGGUCUGACUAUCAUUACAGAGGAGGCAGAGAUGAUUUCUUCUAUGAAGACAGAAAUCAUGAUGGCUGGAGCCAUGACUAUGAUAACAGAAGGGACAGCAGUAGAGAUGGAAAAUGGCACUCAUCUCGACACUAAUAGUAUUCCUAGGACAUGACUAGGGCCAUUUUAGGCCCUGUUGACUAAGGUUGUCUGGAAAUAUUUUGAAAAACUCUACAAGCAGUUUUACAAAUUAACCACAUUUCUUUACAAUUUUUUUUUUCUAAUUAUGCUGCCAAAAGUAGAUGCCUCCCAUGUCAACAGUAGAAGAUUCUGAAGAAACCUUUGAAAGGUUUAUGUCCUCUGUAGUAUGGGACACAACCUUUGGGCAUUCAGUAUCACAAUAAUCCAAGAAUCUUCGCUUGAUUGGCUUGGAUAGUUUAAUGGCAGUAAUGGAAAGUCGGGUCUGCCUUCCCCUAGUAUUAGCAGCCUUACAUGAAUUUGGAAAAUUCACUGGGGCAGAAGCUCCUUGGCCAUCCACCUUCAACUCCUUAAGAUACAGAAACAUAGUGGGUCCAUGUUUAUCCAAGGUCUGUCUUUUUGCAUCAACAAAUUGCUUGAUCUCCUGCCCAACACCAGCAUGAAGCUGGCAUGGGAUAAUCCCUCUUCUGUGAAUGUUUUCAUCCUCAUGCAAGGUGUCAUUUCAGCAAAAGUAGCCAUGAGCUUAACUUGUGAUGAAGGCCUUUCCUGUCAGGCCAAGCCCACUGUAGAACAUUCCACAAGUUCAAGGCGUCAUCUGAGUUACAACAUCCCUGCUAUUUAUGAGGCUGGUGUCAAGGUCGACUGAGUGUGUGUAGUGGGGUGGUCACUCCAGGCCUUAUAGCUACAAACAUUGCAUUAAACCUCUUUCUCAAUUUGUUGAAGCAGUUUCUGUUGUGGCUUCCUAGCAAGGUAAUAAGCCAAGGUCAAUACAAUCUUAAUCUUUAGGUCACUAUUAACCCUGUGAUGGCUCAUUAUCAGAAAGGCUUUGCUCAGGCUGAAUAUUGUCCGAAAGACCAGAAGAUAGAUUAUGAAGUUGAGGGAAUACUGUUAAGAAAUGUUAGCAUGACUGAGAUCACUUGGCCAGGGGUCCUCUGGAUUAUCCAUCCAGGUAGCAUUGGCCAUUGCUGUGGCUGCACCUGCACGCUAAGGAUGAGAGGUAUGUCAAAAGUAUCCAUGCCUCUACAUUCCAGCAUUACAGACAUUGUGUCCUCUAUAUAACUUUUUUAAAAAAAACUUAAUACAAUUUCAUACAGAAAUAAGAAUUGUGGUUCUAGUUUUAUUACAUUGAUAACCUUCCACCUCAGGGUUUUAUAAAGAGGAAAGGUUUUUUUUUUUUUUUUUUUUCAAAAUAAGUACAAUUCCUAAUCAUUUCAGGCAAUUUUGAAAUGGCAAAUUGUACAGAUUGGUUGUAUUAUAAAGAAGUACUUUAAUUACUGAUUAUCCUUUUGUAUUGCAAUAAAUUUCUUCAUUUUGGUGUGUGUGUGUGUGAUAGAAAACAUCCAAGUUAGUAGUCUGAAAUGGCUGUUUUAUUUUGUUAAUAAAUUUAAAAAUACAACGUUUCCAUGAUUGAUUUUAUUAGAGAAAGGAUCUUGGUUAUGUUGGAGGAUAGGCCAUAAUGGCUAACUUAUUGAAGGAUAAAUUCUGUGACAUUUCUCUUGAGUUUAAUCCUAAUUGAGCAUACAUUACAUGUCUACUAUUCUAAAACAAAUUAGACUUUUCUCAUUAGAUCAUGUUUAUAUGACUGGUCACUCAGGAAGCUAAAUAUUCACAUGUAUAUUUUUGCAUUAAAAUAAAUUACAAUGUUAAUGAAAUUCCUUUUUCUUUUCCAGAGGAACAAAAAUGUCAGUGCAUAGAUAGUCGUAAAAUGGCUUACCGCAAGUAUUCUUUUUAGGAAAUUGAAACUCUAAUCACCCAAGUUUUAGAAAACAUGCAUUUUUACAGAGCUCAUAAUUGUGUACCAGGACACAUUUUAUCACAGGAAUUGUACAGGUUGCUUCUUUGUAAACAUUAGAAAUGUUAUGUUACUUGGUUUAUAAUUUUUUAAGAUCUUGCUUAGUAGAACAUCCAUGUAUCAAGAUGCUGUUUUAUUUUAAUUGAAGAAUUGUUUAUAAAAAUUAACACCUUGAGAAAUUUGGAUUCUUUCAGUACCACAACAUUUGUACUGUUAUUCCCUUAUAUU